UGGAAAGUUAUUUGUGGUAACCUGAAAUGAUUUAUGAAAUAUCUUUUUCUCUACAAAAAAAGCACAAUUUCCAGCUUGUUUCUAUGAUUCAGAUAUUGAAGUAGGAUUAUGUUUACAAUAAAUCGUUAUUGGCUUAAUGUACUAUAUAUUUGAUAUUAGAAUUACUUCUCUAAAUGUCAAGUUCGAAAGUUAUUGUUAUAGAGAGACCUGAAAAAUCAGAAAACUUUAGCCAUGAUGAAAUCAGCAAUACAUGUGGCAUGAUAAAAGCAGAAAUCCUACUUUCUAGAUUACGUAAAGCCAAAGAAUUAUCCUCUGAUUCCCAUCUAAUCAUUGUUGAUAUGAGAGAGACGAGGCUUUACCAAUCUGGUCAUAUACUUACGGCUCGUUCAGCAAACUGUUACACAAAAACUAUGGCUAAACGAGCUAUCCAGUCAUGGGAUAUUUGGUAUACAGAAACACAUGGAUGCCCUGCACCAUAUACAGAAUCUCCAGUGUCAUUUAUUUCACAAAUAUCACUGGUUAAACCUGCCAUUGUGGUUUAUGAUCAACGUAGUGAUUUUGUAUCCACUUCAACACUUAAAGAUAAAAAAGUUCGAGCUGAAUUGCAUUUUAUUUCUGCUCUACUAGCUCGAGGAAAUCGAGUUUACAUGAUUGAUGGAGGUUUUGAAGCAUUUAGAAGUCUUCAAGAUGCCCAUGAAUUCAUUGAUCGAAAUAUACCACUUUUUAUUAACUAUAUAACUACUGAUGAUAGUUCUUGUUCCGACGCUGCAUCACCUUCAUUAAGUGAUAAUUCUGAAGCUUCAUCGAUUGUAUCACGUGUAUUCAAUGAUAACGUAAUUUCUUUGAAUGAUGAUAUUUCAUGUUACAAAUUAGAUAAUUUUGAAUCAAAUGAUACAGAAAAGCUUAUUUCUUGUUUAAAGGAUUGUUCACGUGAUGAAACAUUAGUUGUACGAAUUAAACAAACACCAUUACGAGUAAAUGAAAUACAACAAAAUAAUGAUGAUGUUUUAAGUGCAAGUAUUUCACAAAUUCUACCAUUUUUAUAUUUAGGUAAUGCACGUGACUCGCAAGAUGUUGAUCUGAUUAGACAAUUAAAUGUAACACAUAUAAUUAAUGUGACAGAUUCAUUGCCUAUGCCAUUCAGAAAAUUAAAUCGGAUACAAUAUUUGCAUAUUCCUGCUUCAGAUACUACAAAACAAAAUUUACUCCCAUCUUUCGAUCGAGCUGUACAAUUUAUAGAAAAAGCAAGAAAGCAUAAUGGCAUCGUUUUAGUUCAUUGUUUAGCUGGUGUUUCUCGAUCAGUUGCAGUUGUCAUUGCUUAUCUUUUAUACAAUAAUCGUGGAUUAAAUGUUUAUAAAGCAUUAGAAUUUGUACAAGCACGUCGUUCUGUAGCUGGACCAAAUUUACAUUUUAUGGGACAACUUCAAGCUUAUUAUCAUGAUUUACAUAGUCGUAAAUCAAAUAUUUUCACUGAUAAAUUCAAUAUGAAAUCUAAAGAUAAAUUAACAAAACGUAAUAGUGCAGAAAAUUUAACUGGCAAGUUAAAAAGAAACAAUCUACCUCGUAGUGUAAGUUUAUCAUCUAACUGGAUUCAAUCACAAUCACGUUCUUCUUCUGUAUUGUGUAAAGUUUCUAGUUCAAGUAAUUCUACUACACCAGGAUAUGUUACUUCAACAUUAUCCAUAUAUGAUUUGGGUAAUAUUAAAAUUAAUAGUAAAAGACCUAUAAAUUCAACAUGGUCUGUAAGUACAACAUGUACAAAUCGUAAACGUUCACUUGUUCGUAAAUGUUCACAUGAAUCAGAUAAACCAUCCGUGAUACCAAUUAAAACUCAAAAAUAAUUAUAUAUAUAUAUAUAAAUAUUCUUCUAAAAUUCAUUAUGUAAUAUAGACAAACAAUUUUUUUGGGCAUAGAAUUUAAUUAUAUUUAUUUCAACUAACUUUGCUAAUCUUCUUGUUGAAUUAAACUAAAUAACAUUUAUCUUUGUAAUUGUACGAAUACAUAUGUAAUAAGAUUUAAAACACCUUUUUUUCCCCCUGCUAUCUGCUAUGUUCAAUUUCACUAUCAUUAUCAUCAUUAUCAUCGUUAGUCUGUUUGGUUGUUUAUUUUUCUUUUUUUUUCUUGUUGCAUCAAACACUGUAAGCGUUAAUGUGAUUUUAUGAGUCUGAUUUUGAUUUUUUCUUUCUGAUUUUUAUAUUCACAAACGUAAUCCAAUAAGUUCUUGAAUCCUUAUAUGGAUACCGUUUGUUUGUUUGUUUUUCUUUGUAUUAACUAUUCAUUUCUAUUGUACAAAUCUACUUGAGAAAGUCUUCUUUUUUUUGAAAUUUUUUUCACUUUAUUCAAAGUCCAAUAAUUCUUUUUACAUGUUGAAACGUUACAAGUUAUAUUUGUUUAAUAUUAUUCAUUUUGUAGAAGAUUUUUCUAUUUAUUUUCAACAAAAAACAAAGAUCCUUCUUUCGAAAAGUGUAACAAUAAUAACAAAAAAAAUGAUAAAACUGAUGAAAAUAGUGUUUCGUUAUUUUCUUUAUAUUAAAUAAAUGUAUAAAUUC